AUGGUGGCAGAAGACCAUGUGGCACCAUAUGGUUCAAAUCUAAGUUUAUCGGUUGAAGUUGCUGAUGAUGAUGAUGAUGAUGAUGAUGAUGGUAAUGAUGAUGAUCAUAAUGAUGAUGAUGAUAAUGAUGUGAAUUUUCGUUUUUUCGUUCCACCGAAGGAGCUAGUCAAUGAAGCUGUGAUUACUCCAGCUGAGACAAAGUCUGUAAUCAAUAUUUUCAAGCAACCGAAUAAUCCAACGCCCGAACAGAUGGAAGCGCUUGUUAAAGAAUUACAGUCAAAUGCAAGGAAGCCUCCCCAAGCAGUUUCUGUUACUUUUGAAUCUCCAUCUGAGAAUGAUAAAGAUGAACCAAAUGCCUCCCUGAUGCCAAAGAAGCGAAGACAGAGAGAUCCAAGGUCGGGAGUGCUUAUCACUAAGCCAGUUCGUGAAGAUGUUCAAAGCCUAAUCGUUGAACCAGCCCAGGUUCUUGAAGUUGUUCAAAGUCCUAUCACUGAACCACCCCAAAAUGAUCGAGAUGAACAAGGGCCAAUCUUUGAUGAAGACUUCUUGGUUGAUGAAGAAGUUUUUUCCUCAGGAAGUUCAUCUGAUCCACCACGUCCAGAGCACGAUGUUACAUCUAUUAAGCUAGCCAAACUUCUUGCUUUUCAAGACUCUAUUCCUCAGUCAAGAGGAAACGAAUCCAUUGAAAAGGAUCUGCUGAUUGGGAAGUUGGAUGUGAGAGUUUCGAAACUUGAAAAGGAGAAUUCUCAUAAGAAUAAACAAAUCUCUAAACUUCAAGCCAACCUUGGCGGGCUGACAGCUUUCUACUUCGAUCUCAAAGAUAAACUAAUUAGAAAGUUUGGUGAUAAAGUCCAGAUGUCCAGUUCUGAUGAUGGAAAUGCUCCUGAGGCAUCUAAACGGGUGGUGAUUAGUCUAGCUCCGGAUUCCAACAUUGAUCAAUUUGUCUUCUUGCCCAGUUAUAGCUGA